AUGGCCCUUGUGCCUGGGAGCCCUGAGGAGGAUGGGCCUUGGGCUAGAGAUAGCCCAGGCUCCUCCAAGCACCCAGAAAGUCCCAGGCUGACCAACCCUCUCUGGAAGGACAGAGGAGAGAUUGGCAGGGUUGAAGGGCACCAGGAUAUUCAGGUUGUUUCUCAAAAGUCCCACCUGCCCUCUAUUGUGGUGGAAGCCUCUGCGGUGAAUGAAGAAGAGAGUGGGGAUCUCCAGUGGCCCCAUGAGGAGCUGCUGCUGCUCACAGAUGGUGAGGAAGAGGAGGCUGAGGCCUUCUUCCAGGACGAAAGUGAAGAGCCAGGCUGGGCUUGGAGCCCACAGAAUCCCAGGUCACCCUUAAGAACAUUUAAUGUUGGACUCAGCUGGGGGCAGGAAGAGCAAGAUCCCUCCUGGAUUCCUGAGGACACAGAGUGUCAGGAAGCCCCCCUCUGUUCUUUUUGGGACCCAGCAACAAGCUCCCAUGCCUGCAGAAGCCGCUUUGUGGAAUAUUCUCAUCUCCUGCCUCCUAGUAGCUUUGAGGGUAAGUAUUGUUCUCUCUCCCUUAAACAUUUCAUCUAG